AUGACAAGGAGGUUGACCAUCACUUCUGCAGAGAUGGGCAACCUGGUCGAGCGGCCCGACCUACAGCUCCCCGUCAGCGGCGACGCAACUCCCAUCAAGCAAGAUCACUUCUGGCCUAGGACUUCCAAAUGGCAAAUCUGUAUGCCUCGGUUACGCUUCAUCGCCAAAAUCCUGGCCUUCCUGCUCUUUACCCUCCUGUGCCUCAAGAUUCUUAGCCAAGGACCGCCGAAGUCUCGCGAUCAUGGGCCGAUCGCCCCUCCACAACCGCCCGAUAACCCCGAGCAGAAUUUUAGAGAACCUACAGAAGCUGAAAUGAUUGAGAGGUCCAAAAGAGAGGACUGGAUCUGGAAGGACUAUGAUCUUCACCACGGGUUAACCCGAGGCCUGACCAACCUCAAGACUUGUGUCACCGAAGAUCCCAACUGCAUCGAAACAGCACCGCAACUCGUGCGCUACAACGGCUAUAAACACCUUGCCGAGGACGAGUCUGAGAUCGUGUCAUGCAUUGGUCCGCGUGGGGUGCCCAUGAACGAAAGUGAUGACGACGCUAUCUGGGCAUACCACGGCAAGGCCCAAGGCGCGGUCGACCCUAUUCUCGGCUCCUACGAAGCUGCUGGGCUCGAUGGCGAUGUCUCCUUUGACCGCAUUGGACGCUUCCAGGCCUACGGUCUUGCUCAAUUCGAUGCCGCCGACCACGAAGAAUUCCGCCUUGCGGCCGAUGUCGAGUGGGACAAUAUCCGAUGGGGCGAUUUACAAGACAAAUGUGUUACUGCGAACAAGCGACGCUUUAAGCCCCUACAGGAACGGAAAGAUAACUCGAUCCAGUACUCAAAUAUCCGUACGCCAGGCGACGAUACAGAUCACAAGGGUCCAGCCCAAUCGAAAGAUCCUGGCUUGGCCACCAAAGUCAAACGGACCGCCAUCUUGAUCCGAGUCUGGACCGGCGCGAAAUGGACGGCUGACGCUGUCAUGAACAUCCGAGCCAUGGUUGCCGAAGCCUCGUUGGCCAGUGGUGGAAAAUACCAGGUAUUCAUCCUCCUGCAUGUGAAAGAUGAAGGUGUCCCGCUCUUUGUUGGCGAAGAUCAGCCAGACGCCACCAUCAAGAAAUAUGUGCCGCCUGAGUUCCAUUCCAUUACCGAAGUUUGGAAUCAUGCUCAGAUCCGUUCGCUGUACUCAAACAUUGCAGAACAUGCCUUUGUUGGAAGAUCGCCAUGGAUGAUCAUUCAAUGGUUUGCUCGUAACCAUCCGGAGUUUGAUUUCUUCUAUCAAUGGGAGUUUGAUGUGCGUUUUACCGGUCACUACCUGGACUUUUUCGAAGGCGUCUCAGAGUUCGGCAAAUCACAACCUCGCAAGGGCAUUUGGGAAAGAGCUGGACGUGUUUACAUUCCAUCUUUCCAUGGUGAUUACGAUGGUCAAUUCCGUCUAUCCACCAAAGAAGAGGACCCGCAUCAUAUCUGGGGUCCUGUACCGGUGGAAGGAGUGAAGCCGCGUGGUCCGAAACCGCCCCAUAAGGAGAUCGACGACAACUACGAAUGGGGUGUUGGGGAGGAUGCGGACUGGAUCGGGUUCCUUCCUAGCUUCAAUGUGACAGGGACUGGAUGGUGGUUCCGCAACUACCUCUGGGGCUACGCUCAGGGCAAGUCAACACCUCGCAGAGCGACUCUCAUUGCUCAAGGACGAGUCAGUCGGCGUGUUCUUGAGAUCAUGAACUACGAAAACGCCGAGAACGGGCAUCACAUCGAUGCCGAAAUGUUCCCCCAGACAAUGUGCUUACACCAUGGCCUGAAGUCAACGACGUACCCCCACCCCGUCUUUGCCGACCGCCACUGGCCAGCCGAUGCAUUGCAAACAACUUUCAACGGAGGGCCAUUUGGCCAGGCGGGAGGCCACUGGAACAGCACGUUCAGCAAAUGGAACGAGUACGCUUGGACUAACAUGACCUGGUACUACAGCUCUGCCCAAGCUAUGCCUAUCUUCCAACGUCUACUUGGAAUAACGGCUCAGGAGAUGGGUGGUUCAGAGUGGGAAGACGUCUACGGCAGAACCAUUGUCCGACCCAUGUUGAUUCACCCUGUCAAAGGAGCAACAGCAUGGCAAUGGUUCGAAAAGGGCUGGCACCAAACCAAAGACGGCAAAUAG